CGCUCUGCUCGUGUUCAAGCCCUGCCUAGCACCACGGCCACGCUUACUUCUCAGCUCAAAGUCACUAAGCGCAAGACAUCUGCCAUAGAUGUGAAACCAUCAAAACCCAUCACAAAACCAUCCUUAACAUCGACAAACGAGCAAGAGAUCACAGAAAAUGCUUCUUCCAAGCAGAGGGCUCCUCCUCGCAAACGUCAAAAGAUCAAUGGUGCAUCGCCACCAACAUCAACACUUCCAGCUGAUAGUCUAAACACUACGGAUGCUGCGACGACAAAUGGACACACGUCGUUACUGGACUCAUCUUCCAGGCCCGCAGAACCUCACCUCACAAACGCGCCGAUCAAAUCGCCGGACUCGGAUAAAGUGGUAACAGCAUACUCGACCUGGAGCAACGAUAUCGCCGGUGCAGCUCCCACAAGCACAACAAACACACUCCUAGACACCGCCCUAGCCCACCUCAAACUCCACGACUAUACAGGCCGCCUAACUCCCUACCUUUCUAAAUUCCACUGUAAGGUAUUUGACGCAGAAGGCUUGGCUCAACCCAUAAACCCCUUCCGCUCACUCGCUUCUGGAAUCAUUGCACAACAAGUCUCUGGCGCCGCUGCUAGUAGCAUCAAAAAUAGAUUCAUAAACCUUNUUGCUGCAUCUCCUUCCCACUCUUACCCAGGACCACCGGAAUUUCCUCCGCCGGCUUUGGUGGUGGAAAUGUCUGUUUCUACUUUAAGGACGGCAGGCUUGAGUCAGAGAAAAGCUGAAUACAUCCAAGGACUGGCUCAACACUUUUCUGAUGGAACUUUGAGUGCCGAGAUGUUGGCAACGGCUUCUGACGACAAAGUCAUGGAAAAACUUAUUGCAGUCAGGGGAUUGGGAAAGUGGAGUGUGGAAAUGUUUGCCUGUUUCGAUCUCAAGCGUAUGGUACUGUAUCUAGGCAAAGACGUCAACAAACUCAAAGCCAAAGGUGGAGGCAAGUGGAAAUACUGUUCCGAAAAGGAAAUGUUGGAAACUGCAGACAGGUUUUCACCGUAUAGGAGUUUGUUCAUGUGGUACAUGUGGCGACUCAGUGAUGUGGACAUUUCGACUCUUCAAGACGAUGCCAAGGUUAUAUCGGAAACU